CAGCCUCUGACGCUUUGACAACUAUAAAUGAGGUUACAAUUUAUGAAAAUAUUGUUAACAUAGUUAACUUUCCGCAUAUUUAUUUAUUUAUCGAUGUACUAUUGUCAAUUUUAAUCGGAAUACAUGAAUUCAGGGCUGGAAAUAUGGCAAAAGACACACUUGACCCUGAUAGAAAGUUCAAAGAAGACCUAGAAAGGGCCCAAGCACUCAGCCUGGAGUCUCUCGCACUGGAGAAAUUCAAGCAGCGGCAUCUGCAACAACGCAACAUAUCGAACAAUACCAGUAAUGCAGGAAAAAUAACCAAACCAGUUGUGCGGGCGUCAUCUAUGAAUGAAUCCGACUCAAACAGACCUGAAAGAGAUGUGCAAAUCAAAGGCAGGCCAAGGCCAGGCACAAAUGUUGGUGGCAAUCCUAUUAAUCAAAGUUUAAUUGCACCACCGCCAACUACAACAAGACGCAACAGUACUGCUACUUCUCCAUUGGAUAGCACAGAUGGGGACCAUCCAGAUUUAAUAUCAUUUAGCAGUCCACCACAAACAAAUGAAAUUAUGGAGCUUUACAAUUGUAAUCUUAACCAGGCAUUGGUCCCAACCACCCCUAACCAUCAACCAUCAAUGCCUUAUAUAAAUCAACCAAUGCCCACCAACAACCAGUUUUUCAACUCACCGCGCUGGUCACUCUACGGGCAGAAUGUACAAUUCAAUAAUUCCUUGCCACCGGGACCGAAAAACGUGAAUACAUUGAAGAAUGUUAUGCUGUGCAACAAUAUAGGCUUGAGUUCGGAAACAGCGUUUAAUAAACCAGCGGUAAAUGCUCAGAUGCAGCAGCAGACGAAUCAUGCAUUGACUUUCAGGAGUAAUUCAAUCACGCAGCAAUUUGCGCAUCACUCACCGGUGUCAUUACCACCGCCUGCCAGUGUGUCUAUCAUUCGCCCACCACGGCCUCUAACACCGUCAGCACCGUCGCCGCCCGUCCUACCUCCAAAGAAUCAAACACGUGAGCCGCCUCCGGUGCCACCAUCGACCAGUUCACACUAUAAACCAAGGAAAUCAACAGGGAAUUUGAUCGAUUUGACACCAACGCAUCUUGAUAAUCGCAAUAGUGUACGUGUAAGCAUCCUAGAAGCGUUUGAUCCGUUAACAAAUACGACUAGUGACUACGCUGAUAUGGGAGCACGAACAAUAAGUCCUGAUUGUUCAGUGGACGACAGUGCAUCGGUGUGUGACAGCGUGUACAAUGAUUUCGAUCCGUAUGAUUUUAUUUAUUCUGGUUCGGGGAGUAACAGCACAUCGGAUCCGCUGUAUGCAUCCGUAAUCAGCGCUCCUACAUCACCACCGCCUGUGCCGCCUGCUCGUACUCUUGAACGUAGGGAGAAGGAAGACAAGGUUGAUACAUGGACAAAACGUUCAUCGAAAUUGGUUGAUUGUAUCAAAGUGAUGAAUCGUCGACAACAUCCAGAUGCUGAGCUGACAGGGUUUUAUCAAAUGGUGCAACAAUUACGAAAUAAUUUCAAAUAUGAUUCGCCCAAUACCAACAUGGGACUCGUGAUGAGCCCCAUGGUUGAUUAUCAAUACAAACAAGACACCAGCAUCAAAUUGUGUGUUUAUCCGCAAUUUGAGGGCGCUGAUAUGGGCAAACCGAUUAGUUUUACGUGUGACGUCACUUCCAGUGUGCAACAUGUCACAUUACAAUCGACUGUGGAUCUAGAAGCGCCUUCCACCGAUCAGUAUACGCUUAAAGUGUGGCAAUACAACGAGUAUCUAGCACCGUCCACUCUCCUCUCUCAAUAUGAGUAUGUACACAACUGUAUUAAGUUGGAGCAGGACGUGGUUUUAGUUUUGGUACCAGAUCGAGAUUUAGAUAAAUCCUUAAAACGGACUUUACAAGAUGAUAACUGUGAUAAAGAGAUUAAGAUUGAGCAUAUAAUACCCAAGGAGCAGAAUCCUAGUAUAUCGUACGACCAUUUGAAGAUUUUAUUAGAGACAUUCGAAAGCGAGGUGGAAAAAAUCGUUCAUCUUUGUGAUGAGAUUGAAAGAGGUGAUAAAGAUUUACAGCUGUUGCAAACGCAGAGCCUGCGACAGUCGGUGAAAUUAAUCGUGCAAUUAAUGGGAGCGUUGGAGACCAUUGAGAUUUCGGAAGCGUUGGAGAUUUGCGAAGCGACGUGUCAGAAUUAUUUAUGCACCGCAGAAAAAUGGAAACUGAGCAAUUUAAGCAACUCUAUAAGUUCAAAUUGCGAGAAGAUUAGAGAUGCUUUAAAAAUGUUGAUUAGGAUGUAUUCUAAAGCAUUUCGAGUGGAUUUUGAGUUGAAAAACUACGAUGAUCGCAAUUCGUCUUGUUUAGUAUCUGCUGUUACUCAUUCGGUUGUAAUCCGCAUCUGCGCGAUAUACCGCCCGUCGAACGCGUGGAACUACGACAGUUAUGUCAUCGGUGCUCGGAUCUUUCAUGGUACGCGGCCAUUGGGUCAAUGGGAGCAUUCACAACCAGUGGAGUUGUCUAAAGGUAUGUAUCCAAGGGUAUUGUUUAACUGCUGGAUGGAUAUGCAACUUCCGGUUUCGUCGCUGGCGAGAGAAUCACGUUUAGUGUUGGUAAUCCGCGGUAGAUGUCUCUCGGAACAAGAGAAUAAUGACAGCGCGAAGAAACAACCCAUGCCGCAGUUCAAAGAGGAUGAAAUUGGGUGGGCAUCAAUGCAAUUCUUCGAUUAUUCAGGCGUAAUGGCAAUUGGUAAUAAUUUAUUAUCAAUAUGGCCGAUGGAGUUGAAUUAUGUAUUUGGUCCUGCGCCUUCGCCCGGAACAUACCCAAACGCAAACCAUCCAGUAUUAUGCAUUCAAUUGGAUGGCCCGUCGAAAACUAUAUUCCCACCAGUCAUUCCAACAAAACCCCAGCAGGUUUAUGAUCUGAACAGUCUAGACCAUCAAACACAGAAAGAAUUAAAAGAUGCUAUUGAUAUGGAUAUGUUAUGCAAGAUUCCAGUGAAAACUCGUGAAGUGCUCUGGGAGAAGCGCUAUUAUCUCAUUAGAAUACCCCGUGCAUUAACAAAAGUUCUCUUGGCUGCGUUGAGUUGGGAAUAUGCUAAACUUGCAGAAUUACACGGCAUGCUCAGUUCUUGGGCGCCAUUGAAACCUGUGGAUGCAAUUGAAUUGUUAUUACCAACAUACCCUGAUAUGGAAGUCCGAAAAUAUGCAGUGAAGUGGAUAGCACCGAUGACUAGUGAUGAGUUGGUUGACUACCUUCCGCAGCUGGUUGUUGCGCUACGACAUGAAAACUUCGAAGAUUCUCCGCUUGCCAAGUUUUUGUUGGAACGCGCAUUGAUAUCUCCUCGAGUCGCACAUCAUUUGUUUUGGUUGUUGAGUCAUAACCUACCCGGGGCAAAUCCGCAGAAUUACGAAUAUGACAGCGAAGAAAUGGAUUUUACUUGUAUCGCCGAGGUUAGAUAUCAUCGCCGGUUAUUAUUAAUGUUAAGAGCUUUACUUGCAAUUUGUGGUAAUGCUCUGCGGACGUGUUUCUUUAGUCAACAAAUUUUAGUUAAGGAAUUGUUUGAAGUUGCGGUUUCUGUGCAAAACACCAAGGAUUCUCAACGUUUGUCACUCCUAGACCGUUCUUUACGCAACGUGCAUUCUCUCCUAGCAGAGCGUCCGACAAGUCUUCCUUUAAGUCCAACUUUACGCGUUUGUGGUAUUAAUACUUCUGCGUGUUCCUACUUCCCAUCAUACACGCUUCCGCUGAAAAUAUCCUUCCUCGCGCAGGACGGCUCAAACAUCCCCGCCAUCUUUAAAGUCGGCGAUGAACUUCAACAAGAUAUGCUCACGCUGCAAAUUAUCCGCUUGAUGGAUAAACUAUGGUUGAAACAAGGGUUGGAUUUGAAAAUAGUUGCUUAUGGCUGUGUGCCAACUGGUAAAAGGCGGGGGAUAAUUGAAUUAGUCACAAAAGCGGAGACUUUGCGAAAAAUACAAGUGGAACACGGUUUGACAGGUUCUUUCAAGGAUAAACCGAUUGCGGAGUGGUUGGCGAAGCAUAAUCCAUCCGAAUUGGAAUAUGGCCGAGCUGUGGAGAAUUUUACUGCGUCUUGCGCAGGAUACUGCGUAGUAACCUACAUUCUGGGUAUCUGUGAUCGGCAUAAUGAUAAUAUUAUGCUUAAAACUUCCGGACAUUUAUUCCACAUUGACUUUGGGAAGUUUUUGGGUGAUGCACAAAAGUUUGGCAAUUUUAAACGUGAUCGGUCGCCAUUUGUAUUAACCUCUGACAUGGCCUACGUCAUCAACAAUGGCGACCGCCCGUCGGAGAAAUUCCACAAGUUCGUAGAUUUAUGCUGCCAGGCGUUCAACAUCAUCCGCAACAAUGGCAACUUGAUGUUAUAUUUAUUCACACUGAUGGCGUCUUCAGGAAUGAAGGGUGUAACAACAGAAGCUGUGUCAAAUUUACGAGACGCUUUAAUGUUAGGACAAUCCAACCCUGAAGCGGCUGCGUACUUUGCACGCCUUAUUCAAAGCUCACUGAAAAGCUGGUUCACACAGUUUAAUUUCUUCCUGCACAAUUUAGCCCAGCUCAAAUUCAACACAGAUGGCGCUGAAGGGGGUGAGACACUCAGUUUCGUACCGUAUACCUACAGCAUGGUAACAGAUGGAAGGAUCGUUGAAGUUCAAGUAGAGAAUUACAAAAAGUGCUACGACCCGGAUAAAUAUUACGUGUACAUUUUGAGCGUGUUCCGUGAAGGACAAACUGAUUCGAUGAAGAUGUACCGUACAUACAAGGAGUUUUAUGAGUUCUACCAGAAGUUGUGUCUGCAGUUUCCUCUAGCAAAGUUACACAGCCUCAGCAGUGGAUUACAAAUGGGCAGAUCUAAUGUACAACAAGUUGCAGCAAAACGCCACAAUGAAAUCAAGCAGUUUAUUUAUUCAUUAUUCAAAACAGCGGAUGAAAUAGCUCAUUCAGAUUUGGUUUACACAUUUUUUCAUCCAAUGUUAAGAGAUCAGCAAGAUCCUUUACCUAACAGGACAGCGCGUAAAGCAGAAGAUCGUUGUGAAGUAGGUAAGCUCAAAGGUCAGCUGAAACUCUCCAUACAAUUCAAUCGGGACGUGUUUCACGUGAUGGUCCAACACGUGCGUGGCUUGUCAUUGGUUGGAAGCAAUGCGCAGGAACCCUCUACUUAUGUCAAAGUAUACCUACAUCCUGAUCCAACCAAGGAAACAAAACGCAAGACAAAGAUUGUCAAGCGGAAUUGUCAUCCUAGUUUCAUGGAAAUGUUGGAAUAUCGUAUGCCGUUGGAAAUUCUGAAAAGCCGCACUUUAACGGCGACUGUGUGGAGUUAUGACCUUCUCCAGGAGAAUGAGUAUCUGGGCGGCGUUGAAUUGCAGCUGAAUCAAUUUGAUUUGACGCAUGAGAUUAGCGAGUGGUAUCCGCUUGGGCAGGUGCCGCGCUACAGGCCUUAAUUACAGGGCUAUUGAGAUUUAAUUUAUGUCGCUUAUCGCAUCAACAUUUGCAUCAUACCAAAGCAUUUAUUUUCAUAUUUAGUGUUUAUCACCGCGCAGGAUCGAUGUAAUCACUACUUUUAUUCAGCACCUAGGUGGCAAUUUUUUCGGUCAUAUGGUUAUAUUAUAUGUAUUGAUUAAUAAUGUAACACAUAGACUUUUAUAUGUAAUUUAUUUUUUAAGGCUCAUAAUAUUUAAUAUGUCGAAUUUAUUAUUUCAAGGAA